UGAAAUGACGCAUUUAAAAAUAAAAAGCUGUCUAUUCCAACGGUCUACAACAAAUCUACGCUGCAUUCCAGUAAUUCGUUGUCAUUAAGGGAAACACCUCCCCGCCAAAAUCACUAUUUAAUGUAACUUAAAGAAAGAAAAGCUCUCUUCUAGCGAUGCUUCGAACUCAGACAUAAUGGCGACGAGUUCUCCCUCCGCACCCGCAUCCCCAGGCAGCUCCUGAACCACCCACCUGCUGCAGCAUGAUGUCACGGGCAUCCAAUCAGCACACAAAAGGGAAUCCUUAGUCGCGCAGCUAUUGGCUUACAUAAAUAACCCGCCCCCUCAACAAGCAAUAACGCACUACUGUGACAGGAAGCUGAAAGGGCGUCCGUCGCCAUUACAAACUUCCAAUACAAAGACAAUAAGAUCAACAUACAAAGACUACGUUACAUAUAUUUUAAAAAAAUAAAAGUAGGAAAAAGCCGUCUGUCAUUGCGAAUUAAAACACAAAUAAAAAUACUUAGUGCACCAUCUGUCCAUUCACCAUCCGAGAUCGUUUUCUGUAAGACUCUGUAAAGAGGUAUGGCUGUAGUACAAUUUUGCUUAAAAAAAGUACAGCAUUCACGCGACAUUGUAAGUGAAGUAUUACGGCUUCUCCUCCAGUCACUGAGUUCUCCUUCCAUGGAAACAAGGUGGGAGUAGUCAGCAGCCUUUUAUGAGCCGAUACGAGCUUGCGCAGGAUGUCACAGCCCCUGCAACCACUGUCUGGGAAACCCCGAUAUAAGAGACACUACCAAGCCAGUAAAUACCAUGGUAAUAAACGCAGACCUCAGCAAGGAAACGCCUUCAUAUUACCAAUAACAUUUCCGCGAGUUAUUCUAGCUAAGACUUCCCCCUCCUCCAUGUUCAUUUGUUACCAGAGAUUGGAUAACGAAAAGCGAGCUUUACUGCUGUGUUGCGACUAUACAUUUGAAGAUAAAAGUUCCCUUUUAUUACUGAAACAACAUUGUAUGUCUCUUAAUCUGUCACACAACUAAACAAGAUAUUUGAAUACGACUAGUUCAAAAAGCCCACCUUAAAUGGAUUUCUAAAAAAUAACCCCAGCAUCUUUGGAUUUGUUGGAAUCUUGGAAUUUGUUGGCUUCAGGGCCCCAAAUUGGACAUUCAGGCUUUAGAUGACACCAACCCAGUCUGAAUUUCUUGCCCAGCGUGUGGGUGUUAUACUGUACGUUUCACAAAUCGAUAUUAAAACUUUCCCUUUUUCGCAUACAAGAAGAUCCCACGCUUGCAGUAAAUCGCAAGUCUACAGCCACUGUGCACUCUGCAAGCAUUCGCCAUCAUACAAAAUGGCGACCACAGGGCCACCCUUUACAUUGUAAAAGUGGGAUAGGCGUGGAAAUAGCAGGGUACGGUUUUGCCCACACGCAAAAUGGCGACGGCUGUUAUCGUAACUUCACCAUAUUAACUAUGGGCAAAGACCUUAGCUACUAGUUUUUCAUGCCCGCAGUGGCUCUGUUUCCAGCCCCUGACAGUUAGGCUAUGGAGCCCUGUGCUAUUAGCGGACGCCAUUUUCCAGAGAGAGGCAGUGACAUAGAGCCAGCGUAGGCUGAAACACGGGAGGAGCGGGGUUUGUACACAUUGGGGUUCUACUACCACGGGCGCAGAGAACAACGUUUUUUUCGUUUUUUAUUUUAUUUACUUUUUUUCUCCUACCAUCUUUGCACGUAGAAAUUAUCGUUUUAUUUUCUGUAAGCUUCUGCGUUGCAUCUACAUUGAUUCUUUACUGAUAAUUCGUCCUUAAAAUCUCGUUAACGGUCCCGGUUACUGCUACUGACGCCUGAUUUUCCAGUCGCCAAAGUAGUUGUCAGUGGGAACGCUUCCCGUAAUUGUGUAUUGUUCAGUACGGCCGUACCAAACCUGUUCCAUUAGGGGGUGUGUUCGUGGUGUAACGGGGUCCUCUCGUCUGGCGUUUGAUUAUAGUAGGUUUGUGGAUGCACUUAGAUGUUUGCAAUGAGCACUGUGGCUGGCAUGCCCCAGUGUUUUGGAUCCCGAUGCAGAGGACUCCGUAGCAAUCGAAUCUAUCAAAAGCGAACGUCAUGAGUAUAGCGAUCCCUUUGCGGGUUGACACAGCAGAGGCUCCUUAUCUAGAAAUGGCUGCAGGCUCAGAACCAGAAUCUGUAGAAGCUAGCCCUGUCGUCAUUGAUAAGUCAAAUAGUUAUCCACAUCAGUUAUAUACCAGCAGUUCUCAUCAUUCGCACAGUUAUAUUGGAUUGCCUUAUGCGGAUCACAACUAUGGUGCUCGCCCUCCACCAACACCUCCAGCAUCUCCUCCUCCUGUCCUUAGUAAGAAUGAAGUAAGCAUAUUUACUGCUCCUAACUUUGAUGAGACUUCCAGUGGUACAACAAUAAGUACUUCAGAAGAUGGGAGCUAUGGAACUGAUGUCACUAGAUGUAUCUGCGGUUUUACUCAUGAUGAUGGAUAUAUGAUUUGUUGUGACAAAUGCAGUGUCUGGCAACAUAUUGAUUGUAUGGGUAUUGACAGGCAAAAUAUUCCAGACAUCUACUUAUGUGAGCGUUGUCAGCCUCGGGCUUUGGAUAAAGAGAGAGCAGUUUUACUUCAGCAGAAAAAGCGAGAACAUUUGUCAGAUGAUCUUCAAACCUGCUACAAUGGCAGAGGCAACAACGGAGGCCUUUUAUCUGAUGGUGACACCAGUGCAACAGAAAGUUGUGAUGAAGUUCCCAUGGAACUGUACACUGCUUUCCAGCACACCCCAACAACUCUUACUCUCACUGCCACUAGAGUAAAUAAGGUUAAUGACAAAAAGAGGAAGAAAAGUGGUGAGAAGGAGCAGAAUAAUUCUAAAGUUAAGAAGGCUUUUCGUGAAGGAUCAAGAAAAUCAUCACGUGUUAAGGGCUCUGCUCCAGAAAUUGAUCCCUUAGACAAUUAUGCUUUUGGAUGGGAGAAUAAAAUCAAGACUUGGAUGGACCACUAUGAAGAAGCAAGCAACAACCAAUACAGUGAAGGGGUUCAAAAAGAGGCACAAAGGAUUGCUUUGAGAUUCAGUAACGAAAAUGAUAAUAAAGAACAAAUAAAGACCAACUUUAACACCAGCAAUCUAAUUUUCAAGCCACCGGUAGAGAGCUAUCUACAAAAGAACAAAAAAAUCUUAAAGGCUGCCAAAGACUUGCUUCCUGAAACACUAAUUAUAGAAUACAGGGGAAAAUUUAUGCUCCGGGAGCAGUUUGAAGCAAAUGGGUAUUUCUUUAAAAGGCCAUACCCUUUUAUUUUGUUUUAUUCUAAAUUUCAUGGAUUAGAAAUGUGUGUUGAUGCAAGGACAUUUGGAAAUGAGGCUCGAUUUAUACGACGUUCCUGCACACCUAAUGCUGAGGUGCGACAUGUUAUUGAAGAAGGAACUAUUCACCUAUAUAUAUACUCCAUUUCAAGCAUUCCAAAAGGGGCAGAAAUCACUAUUGCUUUUGAUUUUGAUUAUGCAAAUUGUAAAUAUAAGGUGGAUUGUGCAUGCUUCAAAGACAAUCCAGACUGCCCAGUUCUCCGAUGCAGUACAGAGCCUACAGAAAAUAACAGUGGCUAUGAAACUAGAAGAAAAAAGGGGAAAAAGGAAAAAGAACUUUUAAAAGAAAGAGAAUCUCAAAACCAGAACAUUGUAAUAGAUUCAGAUGGAGCAAUUAACAAAUUUAAAACAUCAGAUAACAAGCAAAGAAAGCUCUCCCCUCUUAGAUUGUCAAUAUCAAACAACCAGGAGCCAGAUAUUAAUGAUGAUAUAGAAGAAAAUACUCCUCUUAGCAAUGACGUAGAAAUGGAAACAGAGGAGCAGAUUGCAGAAAGAAAAAGGAAGAUGACUAGAGAAGAAAGAAAAAUGGAAGCUAUUCUGCAAGCUUUUGCAAGACUGGAAAAAAGAGAAAAAAGAAGAGAACAAGCUUUAGAAAGAAUUGGCACUUCCAAACCAGAUGUGAAAACAGAGAGCAAGGACUUACAGAUUAUCAGUGAAUUGGAGCUCCCUCCGGAACCAGUUAAGGAAGAACCUGCCAGCAAACCUACUCCUGCCAAAAUAAAUCGCACAAAGCAGCGAAAGAGUUUUACAAGAAGUAGGACUCAUAUUGGACAACAGCGUCGUCGGCACCGGACUAUAAGUACCUGCUCAGAUAUCCAGCCAUCUUCCCCAGAUGUUGAGGUUGUACCACAGCAGAUUGAAACAGAAAAUAAUGCUGUACCUGAAGAACCUCCAAAUGAAAGCAGUCCCCAUAAUACAGAAGAAGUUCCAGAGACAGAAUCUUGUGUUCAAAGCAAAUGUUCUAUAAAGUACCCAAAAACAAAAAAGCACUUGGUAAAUGAAUGGUUAAAUGAAAAGCACGAGAAAGCUGGCAAACCUGGAGAGCCCAUAUUGGAAAGACCUUUAAGAAUAACCACAGAUCCUGAAGUCCUUGCUACUCAGCUGAAUUCCUUACCAGGUUUAAUGUAUAGUCCUCAUGUGUACACCACUCCUAAGCAUUAUAUUAGGUUUACAUCACCAUUCCUUUCUGAGAAAAAGAAGAAGAAAAAUGAAGAGAAUGUUUCCAGUUGUUGCAAAAAGCGUUGGUUGAAGAAAGCUCUGGAAGAAGAAAAUUCUUCGGGGGUUAAUCCAUUUGGUUCUCCUGCUCAGGACCGAUCUCAAAGUCCGGUUUCAUUACAUGAAAAUAAAUGCCAUCUAAUAAUGAAUGGCAGCUCUCCCCUGGCAGAUUUUACAACUCCACUGAAGAAACGAAGGUUGUUUAAUUUUUUGGAUUGCAAUUUUUCCGAAAGUUCAACACCAGUUGCAUCUCCUUAUGCUACCCCUACACAUACUGAUAUUACUUCCAUGGAUACAUCCUUAUUUACUACUCCACCCAGGGUAAAAGUAGAAGAGGAAAUCUGUCGCAACGGUUGCAAGCAAACCUACUCACCAGUUACUCCAGUAACACCCUGUCUGCGUGGAAACAACAUGCAUUUUGAGAGUAUUUCUUCACCUGAUAGUUCACCAGAAGUGAACCGAAGAUCUUUUUGUCAGGAAGGAAAUGACCGGGCAUCUACAGCAUUGAAUUCUUUCAGAAAUACCAGUUUGUCUGACAUGGGGCUUCAAGAAAUAAAGACUUUUGGCUACUGCAGCCCUAGGAAUAGGACUGAUGUUUCUGGUCAGUGUCCUGGUGAAAAUGAUGCUGCAUCAGAGGUCCAUUUUGGAGCAGACAUAAAUGAACAUAGCUCUCUGCAAAAGGUCAUGGAGCCUCCACAGGAUAGGACUGAUUUAAAUAGCCUACAGGAAACUGCUCUUAGUGGACAAGGCACCAUGUAUUCAACUUGGAUUAAAAGUCCAAAUAGAACAGGGGUGAACUUCUUGUCCAUGAAUUCUAAUUUAAGAGAUUUAACCCCUUCUCACCAGCUUGAAGUUGGUGGUGGAUUCAGAAUGAAUGAAUCCAAAUGCUUGAUCCCAGAAGACUCACGGGGCGUUUUCAUAGAUGGGCCUAUCUUCUGCUCUGCAGAGGAGGGAACUGUUUCUGGAUUUGGAAGAUCUCUUGGUGGUGAUGGGAUAUUAGACGGAAAUGGUACACCACUUAAUCCUCCGCAAAAGAAAAAGGUGUCAUUGCUGGAAUAUAGAAAAAGACAGAAAGAAGCAAGAAAAAGUGGCUCUAAACAGGAAAAUUUAUCUCUGGUCACUUUAUCUCCUCAUCCGGAUGGUAUUGUCAACUGCACCCCUUCUGAAAGUUGUAGUGCUGUUGCAGAGUGUAUUGAUCAAAAUGACGCUAGCACUUGUUUAACUCAGCCAUCUGAAGUCCAGUCUGUCCCUUCUGAAGAAACCGAACAAACUUCUUCAGUAACUGACACCUCAUCCACUGAAAAAAAUGAUCCUGAAGUGCAGUGGACUGCAUCAACAUGUGUUGAGCAAGUCAGAGAGAGAAGCUAUCAAAGAGCUUUGUUACUGAGUGACCACAGAAAGGACAAAGAUGAUGCUGACAUAGAAGGUGGGGACCCUGCUAAUGCCAAGGAAUGCCAGUCACCAGACAUAUCCAGUAAGAAUUGUAGAAGUCCUAAACAGAGUAAGCCCUGUUCUCUGGUGCCUAAUUUAUCUCAUGGAAAGACGCCCUCAAAGCUAGAUCCUGCCCAAGAAACCAUGGUGAAUCCAUCAACAACUGCUGAUGUUAAUUUUUGUAACACCGAUUCUCAGCAGAAACAGCUCCUUUCUAAGUCUCUCAUUCCCCAUGCUCAGAAGCUACCUUCUACACCUUUAAAGUUGCAUUGUCCGUCAUCUCCUCUUCUUGAACACCCUCCAAAAUCUUCAACACCAGUACAACAUGGUUAUCUUUCACCAAAGCCUCAUUCACAAAAAUUAGGUUCUCCAUAUAGGCCACAUCAUCCCCAGCAGCAUCAGGUGGGAACACCACAAAGAGAGUCUCUUCCAAACUUUUACCCCGUAGUGCAAAGCCUUCAGCCUGCUAAUCCACAGCCCUCUAGUGGCCAGUUGUUUUCCCAGACCCAGCCAGGACAGUGCUCCAAUGUUUAUACUCCCUUUAAUCAACAGACCGCCAGCAGUCCUGCUCCACCUCCCCCACCCCCACCUCCAACAGCAACUUACUAUCAAAACCAGCAGCCCUCUAUAAACUUCCAGAACUUUAGUCAGAUAAAGGGAGCUGUGUCCCAACAAACUGUGUUUACACCUGGUCCAAAUCAAGGUCAUCCAACUGCAGCAGGACAACCAGCAAUUCAAGGACACCAUGUAAACUCUGGACAUUAUUUGCCUUCUCAAAGCCCUAAUGUACAUCUCCAAGCUACAGGGGUUCCACCACCCCCCCCGCCACCUCUUCCAAGCUGCCAUCAGCAGCACUCUGUUCAGCAUGUUACAAGCCCAGGUCAUACGGUUCCAGUAGCCAGUAGCUCACAUAUUCAUUCUCAGACACCAGGGCAUCAUUUACCUCCACCACCCCCUCCACCACCUGGCCCAAGUCCUCAUCAUUCGCAUCUUCAGCAUGUAUCAGCAGGACACCAAGGCCUGCAAGUGCAGCACCAGCAUGUUUUAAAUACAGUUCCUCCACCUCCCCCACCACCACCUCCACCCCCUCCACAAGCAGCAAAUGUUUUAGGUGGUGCUGGAAAUCACACGGCAUCAGCACAAGUUAUUCAUAUGCAAACUCAUCAAGGACCUGUUUUCUCUUCAGGAGCUCAUCCUAGUGUAGCACCAUAUUCAACACAAGCUUCCCAUCAUAACCAAGUUGGACCUGUACCACAGCACCAGUCUUCUGCCACAGGACCGCAUCUCCCACUUCCUGGCCAGAACUCUCAUAUUCAGACACAAGGACCAAACAGUAUUGCAACACCUGCAGGUUUUUGUCCGCAUCCUGGCUCUGUAAGCCUUGCUCAUGGAGUUCAAGGACCUCAGCAGGCAUCAACAGUGCCUGGCCAGGUUCCUAUUCAUAGGCCACAGGUACCUCCGACCUUCCAGAAUAAUUACCAUGGCUCAGGAUGGCAUUAGAAUUGGAUAACCUGUGUGUUAACAUUUUUAAAUGUUGUGUAAAAUAAACUGUAUAUUUUAUAUGUACCUUACGAAGGUACUUUUUAUGGCCUGUAUAUGAAACUUUGUACAAAUUUAAAUUCCAGUGCGUUUCAUUGUACUUUUUUCCUUCUGAUUUUGUUUUUUAAGUACUGUGUGCUUUUUAAGCCAGUAUUGAGUAAACAUUCCAAUUUUGUUUUCAUAGUUUUUCCUUUAUGGCAGUAUUGUUAUUACUGCGGAACUUGUACAUUUGCUUGUCCCAACAUUUAUUUGAUCUCCACUGUAUGUUUUUCUACAUGUGGUAAUACAUGAAUCGUGGCACUAACAGGUUCAGCUGCCUCUUGUGCCCCGUGUGUAUGUUAGAUUAUAAAUAUGCACCCAUUCAGUUUCAUUGUUGCAACAAACAUUUUUCCAAUAGUUAUACACAACAUUGUAAAUUAAUGUAUAGUUCUGUUUUAACAACUUGACUUCAUUAGAAGUUUUGUAAAUACUGUAUUUUGCUUGUAUAUGGCUGAAAGCUUCCACCUCAUUUGAUAAAACAUUGUACAUAUAUAUAUUUUUUUUUGCAAACUAUAAUCUUUGUGGAAGUAGUACAGUAUAUAACAUGUAAUUUUUGUAAUAUACUGUCACAUUACAGCACUGGUUGGGCAUUUUAAUUCAUGUUAAUAAAUCACGAUUGUCAGUUUUAUCAGGUUAGUCCUUUCAUACAUUUUACAAAAGCAAAUUAAUGCAUAAAUACAGCACUUAAAAUGUAUAUUAAAAUUACGUCUCGGCA